ACCCACAGGCCCCCAUCUCAGACACGUGCAAAUACUGCUCAGUGGCACAGAAAGCAGGAGGAGGGAAGAUGAGAGUUUGGCUUCAGUGUGUGCUGUUCUUGGCAGUCUUUGGAGGUGCUCGAUCUGAGGUCCAGCUGGUGGAGUCCGGAGGAGAUGUGAAAAGGCCUGGAGAGUCCCUCCGUCUCACUUGCCAAGCCUCUGGCUUCACCUUCAGCAGCUACUACAUGGGCUGGGUGAGACAAGCCCCUGGGAAGGGACUGGAAUGGUUGACAGAGAUUUAUUCAUCCACCAUUUACACCUCUGACAAAGUGAAGGGGCGAUUCACCCCCUCCAGGGAUGAUGCCAACAGUGUGCUCUAUUUGCAAAUGAACAACCUGCAAGCUGAAGACACAGCCAUCUAUUACUGUAUGAAAGACACAGUGAGGGGAAGUGCUCGAUCAGAGGUCCAGCUGGUGGAGUCUGGAGGGGAUCUAAAAAGGCCUGGUGAGUCCCUCCGGCUCACUUGCCAAGGCUCUGGCUUCACCUUCAGCAGCUACUGGAUGGGCUGGGUGAGACAAGCUCCUGGAAAAAGAUUGGAAUGGUUGACAUACAUACAUUCAUCCUACAUUUACACCUCGGACAAAGUGAAGGGGCGAUUCACCCCUUCCAGAGAUGAUGCCAGCAGCCUGCUUUAUCUGCAAAUGAACAACCUGCAAUCUGAAGACACAGCUGUCUAUUACUGUGGAAAGGUCACAGUGAGGGGAAGUGAAUCUACACGCAAGCAAAAACCCUCCUAG